CAUAUCUGUAGGAGUUUAUAUUAGAAAUUACAGCUAUUUGAUCGUGAUAAAAAAGCAAGGUCUAAUAAUAAAAAAUCGGUGGCGGAGCAUGUGAGACAAGAAUUUAUUUUCUUUAAAUCUCUUGUUGGGGUUUCAGAUUAUUACCUCUCCUCGAGAGAAAAAAGACAACGUGGGAAGCUUAAUAAUAGGGAAGAACCGCCCCGACAAGCUCGGGAGUGUGUAACCAGAAAGCGAAAACCCAUAAUGGAAGGAGGCGCCUCGAAGACAACCGCCGCCGCCGCUGGGAAAAAGAAGCGCCACCGCUGCCGGAACAUCUGCCUCUGUCUCACGGCGGCGGUCGCCUUGAUCAUCGUGGUGUCUGUGAUAUUGGGGUUGACCGUGUUCAAGCCCAAACGGCCAGUGACCGUCAUCGAUUCGGUGGCGGUGGAUCAGCUGCGAGCUUCGGUGGACAUGGCGAGGAUGAGGGUUCUCCUCAAUCUGACCCUCGACGUGGACCUCUCCCUCACAAACCCUAACAGGGUCGGAUUCAGCUACGACCCGACAUCUGCCCUCCUCAAUUACAGAGGAGACCUGAUCGGAGAGGCUCCGAUUCCGGCGGGUCGGAUCCCGGCGGAGGGGAGGAAGCCCAUGAACCUAACCCUAACUCUGAUGGCGGAUCGGCUUCUCUCGAACUCCCAGCUCCUCUCCGACGUCAUCUCCGGCGAACUCCUCCUCAACACGUUGGUGAAGGUCACCGGAAAAGUGAGGAUCAUCAACUUAUUCAACCUGCGAGUUCGAUCGUCCUCCUCCUGCGAUCUCACCCUCUCCAUCUCUGCUCGCAACGUUACGCGCCAGGUCUGUAAAUACUCCACCAAGUUGUGACUUGCGUGUGAUUAGGAAAGCUUUCAUCUUUUUUUUUUUUUUACAUCUUGUUCUUGAGCAGCUUUAUCUGCAUACCACUGUUUUUUUACGGUUCUUGUUUUUUUUACAGUUUUACUCUUUAACCCAGUAUAUGCAUGUUUUUCUUCUU